GUCUUAAAGCCAAAUUCCCAUAUCUUUCUGAAGAAUCCCAUCUUAUUGUCAAUGACCCAACGAUUCCCCCUCCCCUCUCUCUAUUUUCCGAAAAACUAUUUCAGAUUCAUUUUUUUUUUUUUACUUAUAUCUGAUCCAAAUAUCCAUAUCGAAAAUAUCUACCGAAAUCUUUCUGAUCCUUUUCUACACAAAUCCGAUAUAAGCAAAUAUACUUCCUUUUCAUCGGAAAGUUUCUUCUUCCUUUAUCACUACUACCUACCUACCUACCUACCUACCUGCCUACACAUACAUCCAUCCAUCCAUCCAUCCAUCCAUCCAUACAUUCAUACAUACCUACUCGCAUCUACCAAUUGUCGUGGUGUUCUUCCAUCUUUGCUCAUAUCUCCGCCUACCUCCUUCAUCAGAUCUCUACCCGAACCUUUUGGAUAUUCCCUUACCAUCAAUAAGAUUCGAAGCAGAUAUACUUACUCACCUUGGUAUCUUUACCUACAAAUCAAUCCUAUUCAUAUCCAUAUUCAAGUAAUUGAAGAUUCUUAAGUUUUCAAUCCCGCUCAACAUAUUAUCUAUCCACUACCAUUUUCCCCUCCUUGUCUUCAUAUGUACUCGAAAUUGUACACUCAACAUUCAGAUAUCAACAUUCGAUAGAUCAGGUCCAACUUCCAAUCCUUUUCAAGCAAGAGUGAAAGGUAUUUGAUUCCCUACCAUUUACCAGUUCGAAUUUCAAACACAGUUCGCAAAUCUACAAAUUCAUCGCAAUGUCAUCAACAAAGAGACCCAGUAUGAAGGGUAGAGAUUCCUCGGGUCGCGAAAUAUCUUUACUCAAUACCACCCUACCAACGGAGGUUUCUCCAUCUCCUGUAUCACACUCACACUCACACUCACACUCACACUCACACUCACAUUCACAUUCACAUUCACAUUCACAACUACCACAAUUACCAUUCAGAGACGUUUCUUAUGAUUUCUAUGGAGCGUCAGUUUAUGCGAGGAAUUAUUCUCCACAAUCCCCGCAUAUGGUUCGAACAAAUUCCAAUCUAUCAAUCACAAGCAGUACAUCAGUACCAAGUUUGUUUCGUUCGGAUUCCUAUGAUUCUCACACAAAUGAAGCUCAAUCACCAAUUACACCUACCUUCACACCAAGUGCUCAUGGAAGAAAUCAUUCUUUCCCAAUGCAGUAUGGUAAGGAUUAUACUUGUUUCGAGCGCAAUUCCAUGGAAGAAUUCCGUCCAAGUUCCUCUCUACCAUCCAUCACUCAAAAAGCGAUGCAAUCAAUCAACAUGCAACAAUACCCCGAAGAACAUUUCUAUCCCGACGAAUCCUAUCAUGGGGUUACUGAACGUCUUCCUGGGAGACGUUACUCAUGUCGAUUUAAGGAAUCCCAUCAAUGCAACAAAACCUUUACUACCUCCGGUCAUGCAUCCCGGCAUGCCAAAAUACACACUGCCGAAAAAAUGGUGCGAUGCACUUUUGCUGGAUGUGUGAAGAAGUUUACCCGGGCGGACAACAUGAAGCAACACCUUGACACUCAUUACAAGGACAAGCCUAGAUCUUCAUCGAGUACUACCUCGAGCACGAGUGGCAGAUUAAAUAGAAAGUCACCACUUACAAUGCCGGCUAGGGUUCAAAAGAAAUCCUCUCCAUCAAUCAGCAUGCGAUCUCCAAGAAAUAAAACGCCAUCUCGAAUGUCAUCAUCAGAUAUUCCUCCUUUCGAUUUAAGAGAUCAAGAGACCCAAGUUCAGUAUAAUUCAUUCGUGGGUUCAUCGCAACCAUUACAAUCUGGUAUUCAAGCAGAUUUCAAAAAUUUACCUACCAGAAACAAAGUCACAACCAGUAGUUUAGAUCUAUUGGCGGAAGCAGCAUUGAAUUAAGACACGUACCAAAUUCAAUCGAGAAGUUUUUUUAUUCAGUAUCCUCUAUCUCACCAAUUAGAGGAUAUUAAAAAAAACCCAAGUCGUACGGAAUCAUAUUUAUUCAAGCCUCCGCUUGGAUCAUCGAUCCUCUCUCCCCACAACGGCCAUUUCCCUUUGUGAAUAUGCAGGUAAUAUUACUUUUCUAGUAUCUUGCAUAAAGGGCUUCUCCACACCUCAUUCUUUGUCGACACUUUGGGCAAUUUUUUACUUCAAAACUUUGGUUAUUGGAUAUGAAUGGGAAAAAGUGGAAUACAUAUAUUGGAUGCAUUCAGUAUUGCAUUCGGCAUUGGCGUUUCCACAUGAGCCGAUGGCUUUUGUGUUCGGUUAAUUUAAAAAUGUCCGUGGGAAGGUGGUGGUGCCACCCUUCGGGUGGUUUCGGGAUUCUUAUUUAUCCGUUUCUUUUCACUUCCCUCGGUUACAUCGGCUUUUGAUGAUGAGGAUGCAAAAGCUACUUUUCUCUUCUUCAAGUAUAUAAUACUUUUUUAUUUAUUUUAUUUCGGGAAUUUUUUAUGAGGUUUCUUUUUUCGGUAUAUACCACGACUUAACGAGUUCACGACGUUUAUACAUGGCUCGAGAGUUGGGGGUGGACUUUUUGAUCAAGAUUAUUAUUAGUGGGGGAGUGGAGGUGGAAGUGGAUAGUUGAUGCAGAUUGGUUGGAUGAUGGAUUGGUGGAUAUAAUUGUUUUGAUAUUGAUGAAAAGAGAAAAUGAGAGGAAGGUUUUUAUACCAUGGUUGGAUGGGCCCGGGAAGCGGAAUCGGAUGGGGAAAAUGGUACAUGGAGUUUGGUUUCUCAGAGGUUGAGGUUGGGAUUUCUUUUGUUUUGCUUUGUUUUGAUAUACUUUUACUCUAUUCAGGCAUGAUAUGAUACCAGGAUAAGUAGUUCUAUGAUAUACUUGUCGGUUUGGGCUGGGAUUCUUUGUUGGGUGUUGGGUUUAUAUGGUGGGAUGGAUGUGUGUGGAUGAUCGUGUGGAAAUGAGGGGAAGGAGUCGAUAUGAAUGUGGAUAAGAGUAUGAGUAUGCUUAGCAAUGACAGCGAUGUGCUGAGCUCUUUGAGCAUGAGCAUGAGUGUUUGCUAGUAGUGGAUAAUAAAAAUAAAAAUAUAUCCAAAGGUUAGGGGUGUUGUGCGAAUGUGAUGUUGAUAUGUG